AUGGAAAGUAAUACAGGGGUGGUUGUUUUGAAAUGGCACGAUAAACGUGAUAUUCUUUGUCUGAGCACUGUACAUACUGAGACAACCACUAAAUAUACACGGAGAGGAACAGAAAUAGAAAAACCAUCUCUUGUUGUUGACUACAACUCGUGUAAGCCUUUCAUGGAUCUAUCAGAUCAGCUGAAAUCAUAUUGUUCGCCUUUACGUAAAGGCGUAAAGUGGUACAGGAAAUUAGCCUUUGAAAUAUUACUUGGCUCAGCUGUAGUCAACGCAUUCAUAUUGUAUAAAACUGUGACGAAAGCGAAAAUAUCAAUAACAGAAUUCAGACAGAAAAUUGCCCUUGGUAUGUUACAAAUCGAAGAAGUGACUGUCAGGGAGGAGACAGAAAAUGAAAACAGAAAGCAUGUUUUGCAGGAAGUUGCUUCAAAAGAGCGACGAAAAUGUGUAGCAUGUUAUGCGAAAAUAAGUAUUGAAGAAGGCAGGAAAGCCGCUCAGAAGAAGGGACCUAACAUUCUAAGAACUAGUGAUGUGAGCGAGAAUAUUCUCAAAACAUAUAUUCUCGAGAACGAGAAUAUUCUCGUGGAGAAAAUUCUCGCCGAUCAGUGUGAAGAGGAGGAAACUUUAACAAAAGCUGCCAGCAUAUCAGGUAGCUUUGGCGGUAACUCAUCAAACUCUCGUUCCACAUUACGCAGAUUUAUGGAUUUUUCAAAUAAAGAGGAGCAAGCAAAGUUGGAUCAACUAUUUGCAAGAGCAGUUUAUGCUUCUGGAACACCAUUUGCAAUCUCGGAAAAUAAACAUUGGCAGUUAUUCUUUCAAACAUUAAGGCCAACCUUUAAAAUGCCCUCACGAUAUUAUUUGUCUAAUCAACUUCUAGAUACAGAAUAUGAAAGCAUCGCAGCCAACAUACAAAUUAAAAUAAGUGAAGCCAAUGCUUUAGGCCUGCAGUGCGAUGGUUGGAGCAACAGGAGAAACGAAUCCAUUAUUAACUUUAUUAUCACCACUCCCACACCUAUUUUCUUCAAAACUUUCACUACUGACACAAAUGGACAUACUGCAGAGUACAUGGCCGAAAAAAUAGAAGAGGUACUAACAGAAAUAGGACCAGAAAAAUUUAGUGCUCUAGUGACGGACAACGCCAGUGCAAUGGUGAAAGCCAGGAACAAUAUUCACGAAAAAUAUAAACAUAUAUCUGUUUACGGUUGCGUCGCCCACACACUUAACUUAUUAAUAGGAGACAUCUCAAAAAUGCGAACUAUGGCUUCGAUAGAGGACGAUGUUAAAAGUAUCGUUAAGGAAAUUAAUAAUUCUCAUCUUUUACUAUCCACUUUGAAAAAGAUCCAGACUGAAAAAAAGGGGACAUCUGUACCAAUAUCGCUAAAGUUACCCGUCAAAACUCGAUGGGGAUCAAUUACCCACAGCUUGAAAAGUCUGCUUGAUACCAAAUAUGCCCUUAAAGCAGUGGUUCCUAACCUGGGGUUACCAAGUUUAUGGAAUAUUAAGUCAAAACAGUAUUCAAAUCGAAAAGAAAAGGCAAAGGCGUAUGAGAAACUUAUAAGUUAUUGCAAAACCGUAGACAAAAAUGCUUCGAUGGAUAUGGUAAAAAAGAAAAUUAAUAAUAUUAGAAGUGCCUUUCGAAAGGAGCACAAAAAAGUUCUAAAAUCAAAAAGAAGUGGAUCAUCUACAGAAGAGCUGUAUGAGCCAACUCUUUGGUAUUAUAAAUUACUGCUUUUUACGGCUUCGCAGGAAGAACCUAGGAUGUCAGUUUCAAAUGAUGAUGAGUCGGAGUCGGAGGGUGACGAUGCCAAUAAUGAGGAAGAUGUCACCCAGCAUGAUACUCAAUUUUCACCGCUUACUGAAGAUGCGUUGCAAGCACCGUCUGAAAUAUAUCAGCUAUCACCACCACAAACACCGCAUCAGUCAUCAACCUAUUCACGUCCAUCAACUUCCAGAUCUUCUAAUAGUGCAAAAAGAAAGAAGUAUGGACAGGAAGAAAGUAUCCAAAGGAUUUGCGCUAAGUUGGACAGAGAAAAUGAUGAAUGUGACAGUAUUGGAGAAAAUGUGGCCCAUAAACUGCGCCGAAUGGACAGCGACCAGAAAAUGUAUGCUGAAUUAUUACUUCACCGUCUUCUCUUCCUUGGUGUUCAAAAGAAAUUAUGCGAGGAAUCUCAUAUAUGUAUAAAUUCGGCACAUAGCGUUUCAUCUCAUUAUAAUACUAUGUUGCCAAUGCAACUUCAAUACAAUCAACAGCCACAACCUUUAACUCCUUCUCCUUUCCAACCCAUAUUAACAAAUCAGCAACAACAAACUUUCACUUCUUCGCAACACACAUCAACUUACAAUCAGCAACAAAAUGUCACUCUUUCCCGACCCUCAGCAACUAUUUCUGAAACACAGUACACAAAUGCAGAAGGAGAAAACCUCGACAUAAAUAUAAACUAUAUAAGACCUCUUGAUAAAACUACCCCUGAAACAAUGGAGGAAAGCGGCAACACGUCGAAACUUAAAGGAUCUUUAACUGAAUUGCUGGUUUUUAAUCGAUGA